AUGAAUAAUUUGAUUUUAAAUGUCUAUCUUUAAUAAGAAGUAAAGUUCAAAAUAGCCUUUGAUGCUUCUGGAUCAAAAACAUUUAAUCAAUUAAAAUAAAUUUUUGUUUCAAGAUUAGAAGCAUUUUACAGAGUAAAGUUUCAAUUUUUAAAUAGAUUGCUCCUUAAAAUAUUAAGGAAAUAUUACCAGACAAUUUUGACCCUUCUUAAUAUCAUUUAACUGAUUAAACUAACUUUAUUCUAAGUGAUUAAGAUAUUGUUGUAGAUUUAUGUUCGAACAAUGAAUUAAUUAAUCUAGUUCUUAAUUAAUCAUUAUCAUUGAUAGUUAUGGAUCCAGUAAAAAUUAGGUCUUCAGCCAGUAUUCAAUAAUCUUAAAAAACAGGAAUUUAGCCUUAGUAAAUUCCAUCAAUCUACUCAGUCUAAUCAAAUUAAGAUCCUUAAGAUACCAAACCAUAAACUCCUCCUCAAUAAAUAAAGAAUGUAGUCUCAUAACCUAAUUAAUUGCUGAUUAAAAAUUAGUAGAAAACCAAUAUAUUUAUGGAUGAGGCUGAUAAGAAUUAAUUGAAAUAAUAAUUCUAUUUGAAUACAUCAAAAUGGAAUUCAAAUUAAUUAAUUAUGAGUGAUAUAGAAAUAAUCAUAAGAUUCUUACAAGCUGAAGAUUAAUCUAUUUUAUAUACUAUGGGUUGUUAAUUAGAUGAUACAUUAUAUAAUUUAUCUUUUAAAAAUAUGUAAUUAACUUUAAUUAUCUGAUUAAUAAUAAAACCAUGCUAUUUUAUAUAGUCUUGCUGGUUUACCUAUAAUUAGUAAUUUGAAUUAACUUCAUUAGAAGACUGUAAAUGAUACCAUAAAUAAAUUACAAAAUAAAGUAUUUUAUGCAAUAAUUACAAAAUGUUCUGCAGGUGUUAAAUCUUUUCCAAAAAUUGACCAGAGGAAGGAAAAGAAUAAAUAUUUAUAAUUCAUCAAGGACCAAAAAUAAUAAAAGUAGAUAUUGAAACAACAUCUGUUUUACAAUUAAAAUAAAAAAUAUAUCAUAAACUUAACAUUCCAACAAAUGUUUAAACUUUAAAUUAUGGAGGUAAAUUACUUACAGAUAGCUUGCUUUUAAAAGAUUAUAAUAUUUAAAACAAUUCAAAUUUAAAUCUAACAUUUAAAUUAAAUCAAUUAGUUAGUCAUGCUGAUAGUUUUAAUUAUAACUUUUAUAUGCCUUGGUUUAAUCAUUUUGUUAAAUAAAGUGAUGAAGGCAUUCGUCAAUUUAGAUGUAACAUGUUAGUACUUUUAGCAAAGCAAGAUCCAAAAAUAAUUUCUCGUGCGGUUAGAUAAUAUUCAAAUAAUAAUGCUGCUCUUACUUUAGCUUCAGCUUGUUUGUUCAAUAAAUACAGAUUAAAUUAAAAUUCUCGUAUAGCUUUUGAAGAAGGAUUUCUGAGAUUGUUUUUUUAUUUGAUCAUCUCAAGUUCUUAAAUACCUGUUACUUUUAAUUUAAGUUCUAUUUUUGAAUAUACAAGAUAAUGGAUUCAAUUUUUAUAUGAUCAAACUACUAAGUUCAAUUAAGUUGAUAUUAAAUUAGUAGAAAAAUAUAAAAAAAUUGAUUAUACUUGUUGGGCUACUUUAAAUCCUAUAAAGACUCCAGCUUUUUUAUCUUUAAAUGAAAAUGAAGAUGAUGUAUUACUUUAUUAAAUAGUUGAUUACAAUACUAUCUUAGCUAAAUAGUAGACCGAAGAAAUUCAUUCUAAUGGAAAACGAUAUUCUUAAUGA